AUGACGGCAGGGAAGCCCCUCAAGAAAUCCCGCCUUCAUGGGGUGAGCAUCCGGCAGCUGGUGGAGGAGAUCCCCGAAGGCUUCAGCACCCCAGACUUCCAGCAGAAGCCCGUCCCCAUGGCGCUGCAGGAAGGGAAAAAUGCCAUCUUUCGGGCCGUGGUCUGUGGGGAGCCCAGACCCAAAGUGCAUUGGCAGUGCACCAAAGGUAACCUCAGUAACUCCAGCAAGUACGAGAUCUCCUCUGCCCCUGGCAGCAAGGAGCACGUGCUACAGAUCAACAAGCUGACGGGUGAGGACACUGACGUGUACCGGUGCACAGCAGUGAACAUGUACGGAGAAGCCACGUGCUCCACUAGGCUCAUGGUCAUCGAAGUUGGCUUUCGGAAGAAUCGGAAGAGGCACAAGGAACCCCAGGAGGACCUCAGGAAGGAGUUGAUGGACUACCGAAAUCUCCUGAAAAAGAGGGCCCCGCCUCCCACCAAGAAAAAGCCGGACCUGGAGCAGGUGUGGCAGCUGCUGAUGACGGCCGACCGCAAGGACUACGAGCGGAUCUGCCUGAAGUACGGCAUCGUGGACUACCGCGGCAUGCUGCGCAAGCUGCGGGAGAUGCGCAAGGAACACGAGGACAAGAUGGCCCAGUAUGUCAACACCAUCUCCAACCUGAGACACAUCAAGGUCAGCAAGGAGGGGGUCGCAACGUUUGACCUGGAGCUGGACCUCAAGUAUUCUGGGAGCAAGAUUUACCUGUAUAAGGAUGGUGAGAUGAUCCCCUACGGCUUCGACAACCAUUUCAAGCACUGUCUGCGGCAGCUGGGGAAACGCUACCACUUCCAGAUCCGGGACCUGCAUCCUGAGGAUGCUGGUAUUUACCAGGUCAAGGUGGAGGAUGUGGAAGUCUUCUCCACGGAACUGGAUGCUGGCGCCAUCCCCGCCAAAGUGGUGGUCCCGCUGGCCGAGGCCCACUGUGAAGAGCAGGGUGAUGCCGUCUUCGAGUGUGUUCUCUCCAAUCCCUGCCCCAAUGCCACCUGGAAUUUCCGGCACCGGCCACUCCAACUCAGCAACAAAUAUGAAGUGUCUGUGUCUCCUGAUGGGCUGACCCACCGUCUGGUGGUAAGGGGGGCCCAUUUCUCAGACAUGGGCCUCUACUCGCUAGGCACUGGGUUCCACAGCUCUAGCGCCUGGCUGGUGGUUGAAGCUGGGAAGGAUAAAGGCCUUAUGACCACAAGUGAUGACCACCAGCUGAAAGCAAAAGGAGCCCAGACUUCAGAAGCAGAAGAUUCCAGGAGCAUCGGUGGCAAGGGAGGGAAACCCAGAGAACAGGGCCCCCUGGAGGGCUCCCUUAAUGGGGCCAGGCCUGCUUCUGAGCUACAGCUCACAGCUGGCUCGGAGACAGGUGGCCUUGGUGGGCAUGGCUAUUCCUUGAUGGAGGGUGAUGGGGCAGCUGGCUCAGCCUGGGGCCCUGGACGGGCAAGAAAGGGCUUUCUGGAAGCAGAGGGAUACACAGUCACUCCCCCUGGGGAAAAUCAGCUGCACAGGGAGGGAGGCUGGGACAGAAGCCUUCCAGGGAGCCCCUAUCCACAGGGAGAAGGCCUGGAAUCAGGUUUGGGCCUCAUGGAAGGUCAACAGCAAGAUCACGGCAGGGACAGUGAUGGGCACAGAUGUGGUAGGACAGCAGGAGGCUGGGAGGCUGAGUCCAGGCACUCUCAGGUUGGAGGCCUGGGAAGUGGUGGGGAAGGAAAGGAAUACAGAGAAGAUCAUCAGAGUCCCCUGGACAGGCAUAGCCAGGAACAACUCUGCAGUGCUCAUCUGGGACCUGGGAGAGGAAAGACAGCUCUGAGGGGAUCCCAGUCUGGUCCUGUGGGCUCUUGGUCAGAAGAGGAAAUGAUGGAGAUUUUGCAGGAGGGAAGCCUGGGUGAGGUGGAGGGAGGGGGUGAUCGGAGCAGGGAAAGGCAGAAAGGAGCAACAAGGGCAGUGUGGGGUAGUGGGACUGACCUGGGGGAAGCCAGAGACAGUCAUAGGGCAGGUGGUCCUGGGGCCCAGGAGUACUCUGGAGAGAGAGCUUCUAGCUCCAAGGCAGGCAUAGGCCCUGAGUCCUGGGGCUCUCAGGGAGGUAGAGAUGCUCAUAAUGGGGAAGCAAGGGGUUUCUGGGGGCCAGAGGAAUCUCUAGGAAAGAACUUCCAGGAAUCAUCAAUAUCUGGUAGCAGAAAAUUCCUCCUGGGACGAGAGGGGCCUGAGGACAAAACUGAAGGUUCACUACAGGCAGAUGAUCGUGGCCCAGGGAAGUCUGUGGGUGGGGGAAAGGGCUACAAAACUAGCCCUGGGGGCCCAGGAGGUCCUGGGAGCUGGGAAAAGGGCCUACAGGGACUCCGGGGAAGGGAGGGCCAGGAGACAGCAGGGGGCUUGGGUGAGGCAGGGCAUGACUCCGGAAGCCUCCAGUAUUCACAAAGCUGGACAGCAGGGCAGUGGGGAGCAGAGGGUAGUGGCAGAAUAGAGUCUGAGAGCACAGGUCCUUGGGAUGACACAGGGUCCAGCCUCAGCAAAACUGGGGCUCACCAUGGGCCUGGAAUGUUGGGGUCUAGUGUAGGGGAUGGUGGUGUGGGUGGUGCCCAAGGGGCUGGACUGAUGAGAUCUGGUCAGGGGGUGGAUACCAGGAGCCACAGGCUAAUUGGGUCUCCAAGCCUGGGUGCUCAGGGGUCUGGGAGGACACUAGGAGACCCUGAUGGGUUAAGAGGUCCAGGGACAACAGGUUCUGAACCAGACUUCUGGAAUGGGUCAGGGGCCUCCAGAGGACAAAGACCCAGAGGUGAGACAGGCUAUGAGGAUGGCUUAGGAGGUGCAAGGAGAAUAGGAUCUAGGUAUGGUGGUGGCUUAGGGUAUGCCAGGGAACUAGGUCUUGAAAAUGCGGCUGGUUAUAGUGAUGGCUCAGCGACGUCAGGAGAAAUGGGAUCUGGUCAUGGCACUGGUUGUAGAGUUGCCUCUGGGACACCCGGGGGAACAGAGUCUGAGGAAGGGGGUGGUUAUAUGCAUGGCUCAGGGGUACCUGGGGAAAUGUGGUCUGGAAACAAAGAUGGUUCUGGUCCUGCAAUAAGGGGGUCUGGGAAACUUGCUAGUCUCAAGAGUGGCUCAGGUAGCCCUGAAAGAGGGCCCAUGGAUGAAGCCAGGAUACAUCCAGAGGCCAGGGAUGCAUCCAGAGGCCAAGGGGAUACUGGCCCUAGGGGAAGGCAUCAUUCUCAUGGUGGCCUAGGGAGUCCUGGGACAGUGGGGUCUGUAGGUAGAGGUGGCCACGGGGCCUCUACAACAGUGGAGACUGUUGGGGAGGGACAUGCGGAAGCAGAACCAGGGGUCUCUGGAAGAAUAAGACCCUGGGGUCAGACUGGAGACUAUGGGGACUUCAGAGCCUCGGGGUCUCUGGGGGCCUUUGGAGAAGGAGGCCAUGAAGAUGGCUCUGGGGGAGCAGGAGCCAUGGAGCCAGGGUAUCUGAAAGCAGGAGGCAAAGUGAAUGAUGGGGAUAGGACCAGGGACCUUGGUGCUAGGGCCUCUGGAGCUGGAGCUGGUCAUUGGGAUGAUACCAGGUUCCCUGAGGCACUAGCUCCUCAUGCUGGGGCCAGUUCCAAGAGCCAGGGGGAUUAUGGCUCUGGUGAUGUGCCGGGUUAUGGGGGUGGAUCAGGAAUUCGAGAGCCUCAGCAAAUUGGAAGGAGAACAGCUUAUGGAGAAAGGUCAGGGGGUCUUGGGCCUGGGGGGAUCGGGCCAGGGGGUGAGGCAGGUUAUAAGGAUAGUAUUGGGCCCUCUGGGGGAAUAGGGCUUAUAGACGAGGUGGGCUAUAGGAAAGAUCUGGGAGCUCCUGAGGGAAUGGGUUCAGUGGGUAAGGCAGAUCAUAAGGAUGGUUUGGAGGGUUCUGGGAGAAUUGGGUCAGGGGGUGAGAUAGGUUAUAGGGAUGGUCUGGGGGGUUCUGGGAAAAUGGGGUCAGGGGGUGAGGCAGGUUAUGGGGAAGGCUUCAGGGGUCCUGGGAGAAUGAGGAUGGGGGGUGAGGCAGGUUAUAAGGAUGGUUUGGGGAGUUCUGGGAGAAUGGGGUCACAGGGUGAAACAGGUUAUGGGGAUGGCUUGGAGGGUUCUGGGAGAAUGGGGUCAGGGGGUAAGGCAGGCUAUGGGGAUGGCUUGGGGGGUUCUGGGAGAAUGGGGUCAGGGGGUGAGGCAGGCUAUGGGGAUGGCUUGGGGGGUUCUGGGAGAAUGGGGUCAGGAGAUGAGCCCGGUUAUAAGGAUGGUUUGGGGGUUUCUGGGAGAAUCAAAUCAGGGGGUGAAGCAGAUUAUAGGGAUGGUCUGGGGGGUUCUGGGAGAAUCGGGUUAGGGGAUGAGGCAGGUUAUAAGGAUGGUUUGGGAAGUUCUGGCAGAAUCUGGUCAGGGGGUGAAGCAGGCUAUAGGGGUGAUUUGGGGGGUACUGAGGGACUGGGGUCAGGAAAUGAGGCAGAUUAUAGGGGAGGCUCAGGGGUGUCUGAAAAAAUGGGGUCAGAAGGUGAGGUGGGCUACAGAGAUGGUUCAGGGAGUUUCAGAGUAACAGGCACACAGGCUGGAAUGGGGGAUGAGGGUGUACCCAGAGACCAAGAAGCCAUAGGGCAAGGGUCAAGAUACUGGACAGCGUCAGAAGGGGCUGAUGGUGGCACAAACUCCAAAGAUGGCUCAGAGAGGGGCAGAGGAAUGAGGCAUUUGAAAGGGGCACAUCCAGGACUGGGCUCUAGGACGACGGGGAUGCCAGCAACUACAGAUGGUGCAGCAUGCAGGGACGACCCUUCGGGCGCAGGGGUGUUGGGGAUUCAAGGAGGGUCACAGAGUCUUUCAGAUGGGCAGGACUCCAGGAAGGGUCUCGGGGGCUCUGGAACCUCAGGGGUCCCUGAGGCGCCGGGGGCUGUCGGCUCUAUGGGAAAAUCAGGUGUCAGAGAGUGGCAAGAUGCUGCUGGAAUCCCAGGGUCUCCUGGGGGCAGAGAGCCUCCCAGUAGGGAGGGUGGGUCUGCAGAUCAAGCAGGCGGUAUGGGGGCUUCUGGGUUUCCUGAUGGUCAGGGCGCAAUGGAGGGUGAGACCUGGGCAGAUGUGGCUGCUCUGGAAUGUGGACAUGAGCAGGACUUCUGGAAAGCAGGCCCAGGAACAUCAGACAGGGGUAGAGCAGCUGGUCUUAGGGGAUUUGCACCUCGGGGAGGUGGGGACUCACAGGUGGAAGGCAGAAGGAUGGGAGCUGCAUGGAGGAGUUCAGUGGGUACAGGCCAGGUUCUGGACAGCAACCGGAUGCCUGGGGAAAGGAAUAAGUCAGCAUCAGGUUCUGCUGAUGGACAAGGUGUAAGCCACACUGGGGCCCUAGACAGGGAAGACCAGGGAUUUGGCCAAGGUAGCACAGGUGCUGGGAAUCAGUCCCCAGGUUCCAGAGCUUCCAGAUCUCUGCAGGAGAAAGAUCCCACUUUCAGUGGGACCCAUGAUGGCUCCAGGAGCAGGAAGGGUGCUCCGGGCCAAGAAGGAGCUGGUGGGCGUCAAGGCCCAUGGUUCCUGGAUAGCAAAGGGUCAGAUCCUGGAAGGGGCAGGUCUAUUGGCCCAGGGGACUCAGGUGUCCUGGAGGAAGAGAAUUCCACUUAUAGGGAGAAUGGCUUCACCCAAAAACCUGGGGAUUUAGGGCCUCAGGGAGCCUGGAAUAGCCUAGAUGGGCCCUUUGGCAGAAAAGACUCUGUAGACAGAUCAGGGGGCAUCCAGGGCAUGGGCUUUCAGCUAGACAAAGGACAUAGAGGAGAAAGAGGGUCCCUGGAGGCUGAGAAUGACAAGGCCCAGGGUCCAGGCGCCCAAAAGGAAUAUGAGGGAUGGGGAGCAGAAGAGUGUGGUGGGUCAGACAGAAGGCCUGGCCAGCUCAGAAGCAGGUCCCUGAGACAGUCAGGGGUGGAGGCUGGGACAGCAAAGAGAAGGGGAGCAGAGGAGGGCAGAGGCUUGGGGCAGCCACUGGGAGGAGACAGCAGAGGGAGCGGAGGGGUGACUCUGCACGAAGACUGGAGCCAAGAGCCCCCAAGUCAUCUUGGCAGCAGGAGAGGUGGCAAGGACGGCAGGUCAGACAUCUAUGGCCAGGGGAGGGAUGCCACCCCGAGUACCAGAUCCAGAUCCAAGCCUGGCACUGACGCUUUCUCCAAGGAGGCCCAAGGCCCCAUGAGCUACUUCUCCAAGAGCCUGGCUGACCUGGAAGUACAGCAGGGAGAGGCCGCUGUCCUCUCCUGUACCCUCACCCGUGACCUGGGCCCCGGUGCCUGGUUUAAAGAUGGAGUCAAGCUCAGCGCCCAGGAUGGAGUAACUUUUGAGCAAGAUGGUCUCGUGCACAGGCUCCUCAUUGCCCAUGUGCAGGGGCCCCAGGCUGGGAGGUACACCUUUGUAGCCGGCAACCAGCGGAGCGAGGCCACCCUGAGUGUCCAUGAUCGCCCCGUCAUCGCUCCAGAUGUGACAGAGAAACUGAGAGAGCCCUUGGUGGUCAAGGCUGGGAAGCCGGUGACAGUGAAGAUCCCCUUCCAGAGCCACCUCCCAGUUCAGGCUGCCUGGAAGAAGGAUGGAGCUGAGCUGGUGGGCAGCGGCAGCAGCCGGGGGGUCCAGGUGGCCCUGGGGGACGGCUUCACUCGGCUGUGCCUCCCUAGCGCUGGCAGGAAGGACCGUGGCCAGUACAGCGUGACGCUGAGGAGCGAGGGAGGCUCCGUCCAGGCCGAGCUCACCCUGCAAGUUAUAGACAAGCCCCAGCCCCCACAAGGUCCCCUGGAGGCACAGGACUGCCAGGGGGCUGGUGUCUGCCUCCACUGGCGGCCCCCCCAGGACGACGGGGGCCGGGCCUUGGAGCACUACGUGGUGGAGAGGCGGCAGGCUGGCAGAAGCACUUGGCUGAAGGUGGGCGAGCCCCCCGCAGGCACCACCACCUUCACCGAUACCCACGUGGAGCAGGGCAAGAAAUACACCUUCCGAGUGCGGGCUGUGACCUCUGAGGGGCCCGGGGAGGCCCUGGAGUCCACAGAGGUGCUGGUGGCUCCUGAGGCUCUCCCUGGGCCCCCUUCCACCCCAGCCAUCCAGUCGGCCUCCAGCCAGGGCAUCACACUGACGUGGACGGCACCUCGGGGCCCCGGCAGUGCCCACAUCCUGGGCUACCUGAUCGAGAAGCGCAAGAAGGGGAGUAACACCUGGACAGCAGUAAAUGCGCAGCCCGUGCCUGGCAGGAAGUGGACCGUGGUGGACAUGCGGCAGGGCUGUCAAUAUCAGUUCCGGGUCACGGCUGUGGCUCCCUCUGGCCCCGGAGAGCCUGGACCCCCAUCAGAUGCUGUCUUUGCUCGGGACCCCAUGAGACCCCCAGGGCCCGUGAGGGACCUCCAAGUCACAGAUACGUCGAACACCAGCAUCACCUUGAGCUGGGCCCAGCCGGAUGCUCAGGAUGGGGACGAAGCCCAGGGAUAUGUGGUGGAGCUGCGUGGCUCAGACAGUCUGCAAUGGAGCCCAUGCCAUACGGGCACCGUGCCGGUCACCACCUUCACAGUCAAAGGGCUUCGGCCCCAAGAGGGCUACUUCAUGAGGGUGACAGCAGUUAACAACGGGGGCCACGGCCAGCCCACUGCCCUGGAUGCAUUAGUGCAAGCCAUGCCUGUUACCGUCUGUCCCAAGUUCCUCAUGGAUUCCAGCACAGAGGACCUGCUGAUGGUCAGAGCUGGGGACACCAUUCGUGUGCCUGUUUCCUUUGAAGCUGCCCCCAUGCCUGAGGUGACCUGGCUGAAGGAUGGCUUGCCCUUGCCUAAAAGAAAUGUGACCUUCACCAAGGAUGGCCUCACCCAGCUCCUGAUUCCUGUGGCCAGCCUCUCAGACAGUGGCCUCUACACUGUGGUGCUGAGGAGCUUGGAGGGCAAGGAGGCUACCUACAGCUUCCCCCUCAGGGUGGCAGCAUGCCCGAAGUCUCCCGGGCCCAUCCGCCUGCAGGAGAACGUGCCUGGGACAGUGACGGCUGAGUGGGAACCUUCUCCAGAUGAGGCCGGAGAUGUCCCCCUGCACUACGAGGUGCUGACACGCUCCUCGGCGCACGGGCCCUGGCGCCAGGUGGCCGACCACGUGCACACCAACCACUUCACCCUCCUGGGUGUGCUCCCCGGCCACGAGUACCACUUCCGGGUGGUGGCCAAGAACGAGCUGGGAGCCAGCCAGCCCUCAGACACCAGUCAGCCCUGGUGCAUCCCCCGGCAUCGAGACAGGUUCACGGUGAAGGCUCCCAGCUACCGGGAGCCCGACCUGAGCCAGAAGCCCCGGUUCCUGGUGGGCCUGCGGACCCACCUGCUGCCUGAGGGCUGUGAGUGCUGCAUGAGCUGUGCCGUGCAGGGCUGGCCCCGGCCCAGCGUCACCUGGUUCAAGGACGACCAGAGCCUGGCAGGAAACCCGGAAGUAUAUAGCACUGAUGUGCUGGGCGUGUGCUCCCUCAUCAUCCCCAGUGUCUCCUCCAAGGACAGCGGCCAGUACAAGGCAGUGGCUGAGAACACGCUGGGCCAGGCUGUCAGCACUGCCACCCUCAUUGUCAUAGAAUCUAGCUCCUAGCCCCACCUCUCCCUGGGAUGGCCCUGUCUGGCCCCACAGCCAUCGGAUGGUGACAGAUUCCUGAAACUUCCCUCUUGACGCCCACACUGGCCCAGAGAGCCAGUCCUAAAGGAUGGAGCACACUGGUAGUGCCCAGAGCCUGGGGAUGUUCCACCAGAAGGGCAUGGAGUCCUUGGGGAAGAAAGAGAAGAAGCGGGGGCAUCCAGCCUCUCAACCCCAAGCCAAGUGCCUGAACAGAUGACAGGGAACCUCCUCCGCCCUCAUUACGUGGGCUUCUUUCUUUUCUACUUUGUGGGAAUCCAGAAAGAACCUGUCUGCAACAUGGAGGCCAAGUCCUUGUUUUCCCGAGCUGGGUUCCUAGAGGGAGAGCAGAAGAGCUGGGCCUGCUGUGGACACCAGAGGGAAGAAUGAGGAGGUCAGAGAACCUGGGUGAGGGCCAGGGCGUCCAGGGCAUGUGUGGAGGGAGUGCCUUCUGUGCCUUUCAUCAUUAAAACAUUAAGCUAAUACAAGCCUAUCAUUUGCAAGUUAACUUGGGGUUGGUGUGGUGGAGGAAAGGUUCCCAGUGCAGAGCCUUCAUUCCAGGCUCCAGCUGGGAGGACGGGUGGGUUCUGGCUCAAGGGACAAAUUGGGUGAGGACUGGCCUCCUUCUGCAGCCCAGGCCUGU